AUGUCGCUCUCCACUUUGGCUUCCCUUCCUUCUGCCCCACCCACACCGCCCGCCGUCAUCUGCACUUGGAAUACGGGACAAGGCUUGAUCACAGCACAGACCCCUUCUUCUCGCUCGGGGUUUGAACGUGCUAAGCUCUGCGUUCGACCGAGGCGUGGGGUUCGGGCGACCAUGUCGGCGCUGCAGCAGUACGUCGACCAGCGCGUGCUGGUCAUCACGCAGGAUGGGCGCGUCAUCGUAGGCACUCUGCGCGGCAGCGAUGCUGUCGGCAGCAUCAUCCUUGCCGCCUCGGUCGAGCGCAUCUUUAGCCCAGACGAGGGCGUCGAAGAAGUGCCGCUCGGGCUGUACAUCCUGCGUGGCGAUGCGAUCUGUCUGGUGGGUCUCGUGGAUGUCGAGAAGGACAAGGCAAUCGACUUGGCCACGCUCAUGGCCGAGCCGAUUCCAGAGACACGGCAUGCGUAG